AUGUCAGACAAGUGGAAAAGCCUCUUGGGGAGCGAAUUUGAGCCGGUUUUGCUUCAGAGGGUUGGCUUGGACAUCAAAAACUCAACAAAGGUAAUACUCAAAGACUGUGAAAUCUAUAACUUCUACGAUGACGGGGUCAGUUUUGUUAUAAUUAGCAAUAAAAUAGACAGUAUUGAUUUCUUCUUCAGAAACAAGUCUUUCAGGCCAUGUCAAUUGGCUCUGCCCUAUUAUCUUGAUUCAGAGUUUAGCGGGAGGCGUUUGUUGGAGGUUUUGGGGGAGCCAUUGGAAAAAGGUGGAGGCACCUCAGCAAACAUUAAUAUCUGGCUCAGAUGGAAAAAUCUACAGGUCGAGCUGGACGAUAAGAGCUGGGAAACGGCUAAAGACGCAUUAGUGAAGUCAAUUACCAUAUUCAAUUAA